GAAAAAGGAACAAUAUAAACUAAAGGACAUUGACUACAUUUUCCUUUCUUUUUUCUUUCUCUUCUGUUUUUGGGAGCAACAUGGGACAACAUUUCACCAAUGAGGAAGGGGAACAAACAGACAUUGAUGUUGCCGAGUUGCAGGAAUGGUAUAAGAAGUUUGUAGUGGAAUGUCCCAGCGGGACUCUCUUCAUGCAUGAAUUCAAACGCUUCUUUGGAGUCCAGGAUAACCAGGAAGCAGCAGAGUAUAUUGAGACUAUGUUCAAAGCUUUUGAUAAGAAUGGGGAUAACACCAUUGAUUUUCUGGAGUAUGUGGCUGCUUUGAAUCUUGUCCUACGAGGAAAAUUGGAACACAAGCUGAGAUGGACAUUCAAAGUGUAUGACAAGGAUGGGAACGGCUGCAUAGACAAACCUGAGCUCUUAGAAAUAGUUGAUUCUAUUUACAGGCUGAAGAAAGUGUGUCGGUCGGAAAUGGAAGAGAGGACUCCACUGCUCUCCCCCGAGGAAGUCGUGGACAGGAUAUUUCAGUUAGUGGAUGAGAAUGGGGACGGGCAAUUGUCCCUUGAUGAGUUCAUUGAUGGUGCACGGAAAGACAAGUGGGUGAUGAAGAUGUUACAAAUGGACGUAAACCCUGGAGGGUGGAUCGUGGAACAGAGAAGGAAAAGUGCUUUGUUUUAAUUGACUUCACUGUGAUCAUGA